AUGGUUCCUUACAAUGUCGAGAAACCAGUUUUUGUAGAGACAAAUUUGGGCACCCGUUUUGUUGCUGUUGCUCAUCUUGAUAUCACAGUCAAGGACUUCAAGAGAGAACUGGAAAAGACACAUAUGAAUUGCUUCCCAGAAUUCGGAAGAAUUAGAGUUAAUGCACUAAUGGUGCAGCUAAAAUCACACCUUUACCAUCUAGGCGAGUCAUUUCCCCUCAAAUAUGCUUUUCACGACUCAAAGGGCACUCUGUUUCUCCAAAUGGAUGUGCAUCCAUUUAAUUUCAAGAAUACUAAAGUUUGUCAAAAUAUGAACUCUGCAGCUAAUAUGGACUCUGGUUCAGUUAUACCGCAGCGAAAACGCCUAACGUAUGAAGGUAACAAAAAGAGAAUUGAAAAUAAAAGAAAGGAGGUCGAUAUAUGGAAAUAUCCCUUCAUUAGAUCUUCAUUCUUGAUAUUUUCCUUAAUCAUAAAAAAGAAAAAGAAAACCAGAAGGAUUCAAAAGGACACGAUUCUGGAGUCCCGUAACGAAAAGGCUUCAGAAUCAGCAUCUGUUUCGGGAAUUAUCGAGAAAUAUUUUUCGGAUAAUGAUGAGGUGGCCUCCACUCCUUUCAGCAGGUACUACAGAAACUCGAACUUUCAGCCUGGCGUAAUAAUAUCACAAAUGAAGGGCCAUAUAAAUAAGCCCGGUUAUGAAUCAUCCAAAAAGCCCGAAGUUGUCAGGAUUGCAAAGUGGCUUCGCGUGCCUGGAUACAAUAUUGUGAGGCGGCAUCGGCGGCUUGACGUGACCCGCCUGCACGCUGAACCACCAGCUAAAUACGGUGGCGGAUCUGGGUCGGAGGGUUUGGGCGUCCAGAGGAUUCGCAGUCAAGUAGCGGGGUUUGACUUCAAGAGCAGGUUCGUCUCCGGUGCGAGGGUAUGCGGCCGGAGCGACGAGAGAGUGCAUCUGGAGCAGGCGUUUGGGUUUGGGUCUGGCCGGGACGGGCCUCAAAGCUGCGGUUCGUGUUGA